AUGAAACAUCGCUUCUACCAGGAAACGUUUUUGGUAUUUAAACAUAUAGGCAUACAACAAUGCGCGAGAGAAUGCUUGUUACAAAGGAAAUGUAAAGCAGUGGCGUACAAACGUGAAAAUUUGUACUGUUACCUUGGUGAUAAUGACACAUAUUUAACCACUUCGACGAAUAAGAAUGAAAUAGCGUCAUCCAGAACGAUGAUAGUGCAGUUGGAGAAACAACUAUUGAAGUCGUGUGCUGGUCAUUCUUGUGACGAGUCAUCAGUGUGUGUGGAGUUGUCCAGCGGAAUAUCAGAAUGUGUGAAUUGGUCAGAAUUCGGUCGCGUGCUGAAAUUCCCCAACUGUAUCAAAGGAGAACGUCCCUACUUCACAAAAACGGUCAAUCGGAACGGUCCUCACGUACAGCUAGACGGACAAUGGUCGACAAUGUCAAUGACCUGUUUCAUUUGUAAUGCAAAAUAUUUCGUCUUCGAUCAAAAUCUGAAUUUCUGCUAUAGAAUUGAAAACUCUCAGCAAAACACUUACGAGAACACUGGUCUUCAUUGUAACACUAUGAGAGGUAUAUCAGCCGAAAUUGACAAAAACGACAAAAAAUGCAAUUUUCUCAGUCUUAACGGUACACGCAUACGUAGACGGUACUGA